ACAACCCCUCGAAGAACGUGUUAUGUAUUCCUAUGUCAACAAAUAACUCCAAAUUAGCAAAACGAUAAUAAAUACUCCACUCCGUAAUUCUUUUGUCUUUUGUUGGAGUAAUUGAUUUCCUGUAGUCUAAUUUCACGCCUAUCUGCUUUCUUCAGCUCAGAACAUGUCAACUGAGAAAAGUCCGCUUGAGCAAACAUCACCAGCUGUUGCAUCGUCAUGCCGAAAAAAGAAGUCUGAAAGUGCUACAUUUUUGGAGGAUGUAAAGGAUCAUAUUGAUGAGUUUAUACAUGCCUCAAUGGAUGAACACGCAACUUGCUUCAAGAAGACCAUCAAGAAGAUGUUUGGGAUGUCUAAAAUUGUUGCUGAAAGAAAUGCUGAAGCAAAAGAGGUUGAGAGCUCACUUCCUCUCCGAACUGUUGUAUCCGAAUAAAGAUUCCCUAUGUAGAAAGAGGUAAAAGGAUGGUGAGAUUGGAGGGUCAAAAAGUAUGUGCAUUCUAAAGCCGUUAAACAUUAAGUUUUAUCAUUCUAUCACAUGUAUAAGUAAACAAAAAUGAGAUUUUCUUGCCUAAGAAGCCUUUCGGCUUUUGCAUCUGCUGGUUUUACCACACAUCAGACAUGUCUAGCUAAAAUAAAGGGGCGUUACAAUAA